AAUCUAACGGCUGAAAAUCUCUCUGCACUGCACACUUCUCUCUGCAAUCCUUCCGCUUGACAUUAAUAUCCCGCUCUUUUUCUCUGUCCAAAGGCCACAAAAAUUUUUCUUCCUCCAUCGGAGAAAUGCAAGAACAAGCGACGAGUUCGAUUGCAGCCAGUUCUCUGCCGUCCAGCAGUGAUAGAUCUUCGAGUUCUGCUCUUCAACUUGAAGUCAAAGAAGGGAUGGAGAGCGACGAGGAAAUUAGGAGAGUGCCGGAGAUCAGCGGUGAACCAGCUGGAGCUUCAGCCUCCGGUAGAGACGGCGGUUCAGUUGCGGGUGCAGAACGAGCACAGGCUCCAGGGGAAGGUCAGAGUCAGAGAAAGAGAGGAAGGAGCCCAGCUGACAAAGAGAACAAGCGGCUAAAGAGGUUGCUGAGGAACAGAGUUUCAGCCCAACAAGCAAGGGAGAGGAAGAAGGCAUACUUGAAUGAAUUGGAAACAAGAGUCAAAGACUUGGAAAAGAAAAACUCUGAGCUUGAAGAGAGGCUUUCCACGUUGCAGAAUGAAAAUCAGAUGCUUAGACAAAUAUUGAAAAAUACAACAGCAAGCAGGAGAGGAGGCAGCAGCAAUGGCAAUGGAGAUGCUUGUUUAUGAGUGAGGAAUUUACAAGGGAUAGUGAAAGAAGUGGAUUUCAUGGCAAUUUCAUUCAUUUUUACCAUGGUUUUCAAAUUAAGUUAAGAAGAGUUGUAUUUUGCCACAAGUUGUUGAGACGUCUAGCUCCGUGCUAGAUGAAGAAUAGUUGGAGUGGCCUAGAAAUUGCAUCAAAGGAGAAAUCUUCCUCUUCUUUCUUUCAAAUUAUUGGCGUAGACCUCACAACCCCUACGGGUUGUUGAAACUUAAGAAUCAAUCCGGUGGUUAGCGAUGAUUUUCUUAUACUCGAAAUGAAUUUGUUUAGUUUUAAUGUAUUAUACCUUUUAUAUUUUUAAAAAAUAUUAAUAAUUUAUUUAUUAA